AUGAUGGCCCAGAUAAAUUUGGAAGAUUGGAAUGCGUCGCACGUGCAAAUCACCUCCCGAAACCCUAACCAGAAAUGGUCCCAGAAGCAAGGACCCACCGCCGAUCCCACCGCCACCGAACCUAAGAAACGACGUCGUGUGGGCUUCUCCCAUCCCGAUGUUGGAGUAGACGCCAAAGAUUGCAUCAAGAUUUACCUAGUUUCUAGCAAAGAGGAAGUGGGUGCUUCAAACAACUUUUGUUUAGAUGAUGUUGACUUGGAUAGAUUUUUUGAUGAGGGGAAGAUAUAUGGUUACAAAGGACUGAAGAUUACCAUAUGGGUUAGCAGUAUUUCAUUUCAUGCCUUUGCUGAUAUUGCAUUUGAGAGCACAACUGAUGGAGGCAAAGGGAUCACCGAUUUGAAAUCAACUCUUCAGGAAAUCUUUGGUUUGACCCUUGUUGAGAGUGAGGAGGAGUUCCUACAAAGUUUUUCAACACAGAGGAAUUUUAUUAGAUCCGUUGUCUCAAAUGGGGAGGUGUUGCAGUACAAGACCUCCAAUGGACAAAUAAAUGAUUCUAAUGCAGCCACUUCUGAUGUGGAGGUUGUGCGCUUGGUUGUGGGCAAGACAGCUGCUGGACACCUUUACAGUCACUUGAUUCCUCUUGUUCUUCUUCUUAUUGAUGGUAGCAGUCCAAUUGAUGUUGUGGAUCCAAGCUGGGAGUUGUAUGUCCUGAUCCAGAGGAAAACAGAUCAGCAGGGGGAAAUCUACAAUAUGUUGCUUGGUUUUACAGUUUUUACCAUUAUCCUGAUAGUUCUCGGUUGCGGAUUGGUCAGGUUUGCUCCUUGUAUAUAUCAGUUGCUAGUUAUGCAUACUCUAGAGAAACAGCUUGGUGCUUCCAUAUUGGUAUUGCCUCCUUAUCAACACAAGGGUUAUGGACGAUACCUUCUUGAGGUUCUCAAUGAUGGUGCAAUAUCUGAAAACGUCUAUGACCUCACAGUUGAAGAACCAUUGGAUUACUUUCAACAUGUACGCACUUGUGUUGAUGUACUGCGCCUUCAUAAGUUCGAUCCAAUCAAGCAUGCAGUCAGCUCAGCAGUUUCGCAACUAAAACAAGGAAAAUUGUCGAAGAAGACACACACUCCUCGACUCAUGCCAGACACUAGAGUCAUUGAGGAUGUCCGGAAAAGUUUGAAAAUCAACAAGAAACAGUUUCUUCAGUGUUGGGAGGUUUUCCUUUAUCUUGGCCUUGAUCAUGUGGACAGGUAUAUGGAUGAUUUUGUGGGAAUUAUUUCUAAUCGCAUGAAGGAAGAUCUUAUCGGAAAAGAUUCUGGGACUGGUGGGAAGCAAGUGAUUGAAGUUCCAAGCAAUUAUGAACCCGAGAUGUCAUUUGUGAUGUUCAGGUCACAAGCUGGUGAAGCUGCUAGUACUGUUCAGAUAGAUGAGAAUCAACCAAAUCAGGAGGAGCAACUCCAGCAGUUAGUUGAUGAGAGAGUGAAAGAGAUCAAAUCAAUAGCUGAGAAAGUGUCUGUGCAGCUCUCUAUCAUUGCUGAGGCAUCAUAA